AUGUGGGAAUAUGCAAAGUGGCUCGUCACUUUGCUCGUUCAGUUCUCGAGGCUCUUGGUCAAAGGAGUCCUUGUCCUAGUGUCAACACCGGAGCCCAGAGCUCGUGGAAGGUAUCAUGUUGGACUCGACACAGAAAAUAUAUUUGUUAGUGAGCCAAGUCCUCGCAGCACAGACACCACACCUAGCGAGAGAAGAGGCGGGGAGCUUUGUUCAUAUUGCAAAAAUGUGAUUAAAAAGUGGGCAAAAGUAAUUCGAGGGCGUCAAGCGAAAUUUUCUCAUUGCAACAACAUCUUCGCCUUGGAAAGGUCAGCAAAAGCGGGUUGCUCUCUGUGUGCGCAGUUUCUAGAUGAUAAAGAUUCAGACGCGCUCUCCGAACAUCGCGCGAUUCAGGCCAAUGCUCUGGCAGACGAUGCAUUGAUCACAUCGGAUAUCACUGUCAAACAUAGCUCGAAUGAGAAAGAUCAGCCGUGGCGCUUGGUGCUUGAGUUUCACAUAGAUGCUGAGAAAGUUCCUGACGAAAUUUCUUUUCCAAGCUCCCAAUUUUCGGUUCUGCUAUUUCCUUCUCGAAAAAAGGAUUUAAAUAAUGAGAAAAGAAUUAAAUUUAUAAGCACUGAAGAUGGCCUACCAUGUUCUAAGCACUGGCUUGAAGACUGUACUCGAAGCCAUAAGUGUUAUCAGAAACCAAGGAGAAUGGCCCCUCAUCGCCUCCUCCACAUUCAGCCAGGCAAAGUGAAAUUACAUCUAACCUCAGAAGUUCCUUACCAAUACGCGACACUCAGUCACUGUUGGGGUAGUGCCAAAACAUUGAAGUUAACUACUGGUACUUUCGGCACCUUCCUAGAGGGUAUACCAUGGGACCACCUCUCGAAAACAUUCCAGGAUGCUAUCAAUGUCGCACUAAGUUUUGGCUUGCAAUAUAUAUGGAUCGAUUCGCUUUGUAUACGGCAAGAUGAUGCAAGGGAUUGGCAGGUUGAAUCAGCAGAGAUGUGCAAUAUCUACCAGGGCUCCUUCGUAAAUAUUGCGGCGUCGGGAGCUGUGGACGGUACCAUCGGAUGUUUCUUUGAGCGCGACGAGACGUGGGAAUGCCGCAUCAGUGUGGGCGAUAAUAAUGGAAUUAGCACUAACUACUUAUGUGUACCGCAGCAUAUAUACGAUAUUAGGCUGACCAACAUGCCUCUCAUGAAGCGCGGAUGGGUUCUACAGGAAUGGCUGCUUGCACCUAGGACACUUUUCUUCACCACGAAAGAGCUGUUUUGGAUGUGUGGCGUCUAUACAGCAUGCGAGACAUUUCCCUCUGGUCUACCAGAAAGAAUCAGCAAGGAGUCUCGAUCGGCUAAGCCCCAAAUCAAAAGAUCAUCGUGGGAAAGGAUAGUCGAAGAGUACUCUAGAUGUCAACUCACAUUUAAGACUGAUAAACUUGUAGCUAUUUCUGGUAUAGCGCAGUGCAUUGGAAGGGAAACCGGCAGCUCCUAUAUUGUCGGUAUCUGGAAAAAAGACUUCGAAAGUCAACUUUGCUGGCAUAUGGCUGACAAAAGGACACUGAAAGGCGACGAGCGGCCACAUCCGUGGAGAGCGCCGAGCUGGUCAUGGGCCUCGACAGACAAUGAAGCUAUGCUUCCAACAAGACCAAGGUUGAGUAUGUCGCACCUAUAUGUGAAAAAGCGCGAUGUUGAGGUCAAACUUGACGGUCGCGACCCAUUUGGAGGGGCUUUGUCUGCGAGUCUCAAUCUUGGAGCGGCGUCCCUCAUUUACACAAACAUUGACAUCAAAGGAAUGUACGAGAAAUCGAACUUCACUCUAGCAGGCAAGUCUGUUGAUUGCUGGGUAAACAUGGAUUACAGCUGUGAAAUACUUGAGCGCUUUUGCAUAAUGCCGGUAAUCCGGUAUUAUGGACAACAGUGCUACAUUGACGCUUUAGUACUAAGACCAGUUGAUAUGGUAAAAGCUCCGGUAGGCGACACAGAAGAAAAAGAAAGAAAUCCUGGAAAUUCAAUGAAGCAAGGAGGAGCAACUACGGACACCAACGCUGAACGGGUUUAUGCUAAGCCUACGGACGAAGCAGAAGAAAGAUGGAUUAAGAGAGGUACAAAUCGGAAAAUCCGAAGCAAACAACAAAAAGUGAUAGAAGCAACCGAUAUAGCGGACGAUUCGGCGGAUGAACCAGAAGAAGGUCCACAGUACGCAACUCCAGUGUUUACAGCAGCUUCUUCAACAGAGGAUCUAUCAGGCUCAUUACAGGAUGAGACGAAGCUAUCAUCCACAAUACCUGCAAAACGUCUAAGCGUAGCAAGGCGCUCGCAUAGUGCCCGUUAUCAAAGAGUCGGUCACAUGAGGAUCGAGGGCGUGCAAGCGUGCCACGACUUCAACAAACUUAUCAAAUCUGCGGAGGCGAAGGAAGAACUGUAUCAAUAUACUGCAGAGUUUGGUAAAGUCGGUCGUUGGACAGAAUAUAAUAUCGACCUUAUCUAA